AUGCCUCCCACAAGCUUAUUUCUGGAGCUGCCAAACGAGAUUCUCUUUGCGGUAUCUGCUCAACUUGAUGACGUAAAAGACGUCCUUGCACUUACAAAACUCACCUGUCGCUCUUUGGCUAUUCGUCUCGAGCCUGCAUUUUGUUACCGAGCGCGAAGUCACGUCUGUACUCUUGAAGGGCCUGUUCUUCAAGAGAAUGUUCUGGAAGGAUAUACUGUGGAAGGGUCUGUUCUGGAAUGGGCCGCAAGCCAAGGCGAUAUAAGCCUCGCCCGCAAGCUUUUGAAAGACUGUAGGGCUAUAUCAUCUCACAAAGAUAGAGCCCUCUGUAGAAUUUCCGGCUGUCAUGCUAAUGAUUCAGCAUCAGAAAAUCAGAACUUGGAGUUUGCAAAACUACUUUUGGAGAAUGGCGCGUCUGCUACAAAUGGUCGAGACUGUAGUGGCUUUACAGCUCUUCAUCAUGCAGCUGGAAACUUCGAAUCGAUUGUGAGGCUGCUCUUAGAUCAUGGUGCUGAUGUGAAUGACCAAAUAAAUUCCGAUGGUCGUACACCUCUUGAUUGCGCAAUACAGAACACGAAAUGUAUUAUUCAAUUCGAACCUAUUGCGAGGCUAUUAUUUGCGAAUGGCGCCGAUCCAAAUGCUAAAACCAAGUAUGAUCUGACACCUCUCCUCGAUACAGUCAGACUAAGGGGACCGGAAUAUACAGAAGUGUUAUUAGCGAAUGGCGCUAGUGUACACUUCUGUCGUCGUGAAGACGGAUUAAUGCCACUUCACAUCUCAUUUGAGAGCUGUGACACUAUGCGUCUGCUAUUGAAGUAUGGCGCUGAUAUAAAUGCCACUGCUGAUAAUGGUUAUACAACCCUUCAUUUCGCUAUUGCAGAGUUCCAGGAGGACGCUGUGCGGCUGCUAUUGGAGAAAGGUGCUGAUGUAAACGCCCGCACCGAUACGGGCUAUACACCUCUUCAUAUCGCAGUAUACGGCUCGACGUUUCAUGGCUUAAAACCUAUGCGCCUGCUUUUGGAAAGGGGAGCCAAUGUGAAACUCCAAGAUGAGGAGGCUUUGACACCUCUUGACUGGGCAGUCAAACAUGAACGGGAAGAAGCCUUGGAACUACUCUUGAAAGCUGGUGCUGAUACAGAAGCCAUAAAUUCCCCCCUUCAGCUUGCAGCAAAAUAUGAUGAACCGGAAGCUGCAUAG